AUGUUUUCAUUUUUACGGAAACCCCUCUCGUUCAUCUCCUGUCGUUCAAAAUCAACCUCCCCGUAUGGAAGAUCCCACUUGAAGCGUGCUCCAGCCCUCCCUCAACCCGUUGUCGCCCAAUUUCAGCAGACUGUCGUUCUCACCGACGGAUCGACAUACACACGCUGGUCGACGUCGCCUCGAAGUGUCAUUCGCCUCACCCGUGACGUGAACAAUAACCCUCUUUGGUCUCCGGGACAGGAAGGGCGCGAGGAGUUAGAGGAUGAGACCGGACGAAUGGGACGAUUCAGAAGACAAAAGCCAUGACGUCCUUUGAGUGGUUUUAUGAUGCCUUUCUGGGGAUCACCCUUUGCUUUUGCUUCGAACGUUGCAUGCAAAACUAUGUCUUAAGGCAAUGGGAAUAUUUACAUGUGUGGUCCGUCAUUAAUUUGUAUUAACAAAAGAAUAAAAACACGUUAAACAUCAA